AUGCCUAAGCUUAAACGGGAGGAGCGGUACAUCACCUUAUCUGGACUGCAUCUCAUUCGUAGUUUGGAAAAAACAAAUCCUCUCAACCUCUUUGAGCAGGAUGAAGAAGAUGAGGAUGUGGAAUCUAAGGAGGAACCCGACGAAGAUCCUAAGGAUGAGCCUGAAGAAGACCCUGACGAGGAACCCGAGGGAAAUCACGUGGAGUACCAUCUCGAGAUUCACAAUCUGAAAAGAAAGAUUGAAGAGAUAGAUGAGCAUAUGUCAAGGCUCGUACAUGAGAACGAAAUAUGUGUUGAGGCUGCUAAGAAAAGUAAGCGCAAGAUACAAAGGUUAGAACAAGAUGUGUUGGAGCUAAGGAAACCCACUAUCACUAAGUUGUGGGAAGCCCAUGGAAGCUCUGGAUCCCACUGCGGCCAUAGUCGAGGUCACAGAAGGGUUCAUGCUACAAACUUGGUUACUAGAGAAGAGUUUGCUGAUGAAAUUGCUCGGGCGAUUCGAGCCACCUUACCAGAUGUAGUUGCUCAGGCAGGAGAAGCAAUAAUGGGUGAGUAUGAAAGUUAUUUGGCUGGAGGUGAAGAAGACUAUGAGUACAGUACACCAAAUAUAAAUUGUGACCUAAGUAUUGCACUACCCUCAUGGCAUCAUGGCAAUCAUGAUCGAUGA